UCUUCUAAACCCUUCUCCGGACUUCAUCUCCUUAGUGAACUUGGUUUACCUCCAUCCUAGAAAGAUGAGUUUCUCCAGCCUGUGCUAUCCAGAAUGCGGGGUGGCCCGACCCAGUCCAGUCACUGGCAGCGCCAACGAGCCGUGCGUUAGGCAGUGCCCUGACUCCGAAGUGGUGAUCAGACCCUCACCGGUUGUCGUGACCCUCCCCGGACCAAUUCUCAGCAAUUUCCCUCAAGAGAGCGAAGUGGCAGCUGUAGGAGCACCUGUGGUCGGAGCCGGUUUCGGAGGCUCCUAUGGUUUGGGGGGAUUGUACGGCUAUGGAGGCCAUUACGGAGGAUUGUAUGGUUUAGGGAGAUUAGGUGGUUAUGGUGGCCAUUAUGGUUAUGGGGGAUUAUUGGGCUAUGGGGGAUACUGUGGUUACCCAGGCCUUUAUGGUUAUGGGGGAUUACGGGGAUACGGGGGACACUGCGGUUACCCGGGCCUUUAUGGUUAUGGGGGAUUAAGUGGUUCCGGGGUAUCUUGCCAUAGGUACCUCAGUGGAAGGAGUGGGCCAUGUUAAACUCACCAGGAAUAUUCAUGGAAGGAAGAACCAGGAAAUGAACAGCAAGAUACAGAUUCACUCCUGAUCUUUUGGGCAUGGCUUUCAGAAGAGCUGUGCAAACAUGGCUCCCGUUGAACUCAGUGGGAGCUGUGUGUGCUCAGCACCUUGGGCUGAUAGCCAUGCUGCAUUUCUAAUGUUACGCUUUAUGACUCUUUCUGCCAAGGCUUUCCCAACCAAGUGCUGAUUCUCUUUUGGACUCAUUCUGAAUUAGACACAGGUUUUUUACACAUGCAGUGUGAAGGAAAUAGAGGCCCUGAAAUAGGCAUCAUUAUCACUCUAAGUCCCUCUCAAGGAGAAUUAGGCCCUACAUGUUCUAUCCUUUCUAUCAAUACGUACCUUUAGCAACUCACUUUAACCUUUGCUACUUCACAUGUCUAACAGAGAAGUUGUGUAGUCUCUGCUUCUAUAUUCCUUUGUCUCAUUUCACACCUGACUGGGGUUAAAAAAAUAGAACUUAAAAUGGUUUCAAAAGGGGACUUGUUUGUCAACCUUUGGAGCUGCAACAAAGCACAAAGAACAUCUUGUGUGAAAUACAUCCCAUUGACGCAGGUGAUUGGUCAGAGCCCUUCUUGAAACACUGGAAAUAUAUUUUUUCCGCUCUGUGGUAUUUCUUUCUGUAACUGUGUAUUGCCAAUUUUAUUUGCAUUAAAAUCUUUGCUGUAUCAUAAUA